AUGAUAGACGGCAGCCCCAAGGAGUCAGUUGAGCCACAACCAAACGCUUCUUCGCAUGCUGGAAUAAUUCCUUCGCCCCAAGGAGGAGCGCAUUGCGACAACAAUGAGACAAAAGAGGCUUCCACUAGUGUAUAUGUUGCUGGUGAAGUAGACGUGGAUAACGAUGGUACUGCUGGACAGCCAAAGAAGAGGAAGCCGCUCAAGUUCCACCUCGCUUUUUUGGCCAUCAAUAUCGCUUGCUUUAUUUUCGCUCUUGACUCUACUAGUCUCUCGGUAGCAAUUCCCUCGAUUGCUGAGCAGCUCCAUGGCACGACGCUGCAGUCCUUUUGGGCUGGCAUUGCCUUUCUUCUUGCGACCGUCAUCACGCAACCGCUGUAUACAAGCAUGUCUGACAUAUACGGCCGCAAGCCUCUCUUCCAAAUCGCCUUUUUCUUGUUCACCGUUGGCUCGAUUGUGUUUGGGCUCGCACCCAACAUGCCUGCUAUAAUCAGCGGACGAUUGAUACAGGGCUUGGGAGGAGGAGGCAUGGAUGUUCUCAGCGAGAUUAUCGUCGCUGACAUGGUUGCGCUUAAAGACCGACCUGUUUAUCUGGGGCUCAUGGCCAUCCCCAUUGCAGUUGGGAGCAUUCUUGGUCCAUCGCUAGCUGCAGUCCUCGUCCAAUAUGCCAGUUGGAGAUGGAUUGGCUGGAUAAACCUUCCGUUUGUUGGCGUCGCAUACCCGCUUAUUAUCUUUUGCUUAAAGUUGAAACCAAUUGACAGUCCGCUACUGCAAAAGACGAAGCAAUUAGACUGGAUAGGGAUGGCCAUCUUCACAUCAGCGUGUACACUAUUUGUGCUGCCACUCACAUGGGGAGGAACACUUUACUCGUGGCAGUCUUGGAAGACUUUGCUCCCCUUUGUGGUGGGCAUUCUUGGUCUCAUAGUGUUUGCUUGGUAUGAAUCCAAGCCUUCGCGUCCCAUCAUUCCGCAUCGCAUCUUUUAUCCACGCACUGCUUCAGUGACGCUGGCUACAGCAGUCUUACACGGGAUGCUGCUGUUUUCUCUUCUGCAGUAUCUCCCAUUCUUCUACCAGGCUGUGGCGGGCGAGACUCUCAUUCAUUCCGCCCUGUCAUUGCUUCCCACCAGUAUUAUUUCUGUUUUCGCUGCCGGCUCAUCUGCGGCCUUGGUUGGCCCUCUGAAGGGUUAUAGAUGGCCCAUGUGGAUAUCUUGGAUCACCUUGACCGUCGGAUCAGGAUUGUUAUCUCUAUACAGCGAAUCUUCAUCUACGGCUAUGAAAUACGGUCUCCCUAUCGUGUGGGGGUUAGGAAUUGGUGCUCUCCUUCGAAUAGCUCAGCUACCGAUGCAAGCCAGCGUGGCCAAUAUUGACGACACGGGUGUCGCUAUUGGCCUGCUGAUGUUUGCUCGUUUGCUCGGCGGCCUCACGGGCCUAGCUAUCAGCUCAACAAUCUUUAGCAACGCUUUUGGGCCUUCCAUCUCUAGAAUUAUCCCAGAACUGCCGGCCAAUCUCCAAGUGCUUGGGAAUGCCAACACGGCCAUCGAAUUUAUCCCGAAAUUAAGGACAAUUGACAUACCAUCAGAUGUAUUGCUAUUAAUUCGAAAGGCAUACUUGGAUGCCUUUAAAGCAAUCUUCUAUACCAUGACCGGUAUUAGCGGCUUAGGCUUUUUAAUUUCUCUGGGCCUCGAAGAAUUAUCACUCGACAAGGAGGAGCGUGGCCAGCAGCAAUUUGAUGACGAGUAA